AUGGCCUCACUCCGUGUCCUCCGUCCGCUCGUCCGCCAGGCACCUCGAGCAAUCUUCCUUCCGGCACCACGAAGAUUCCUCCAGACGGACUCUGCCCCCGUCUUAACCACGGCAAACGCUCAUGUAACAGGUGGACGUGCUAAUGGACACGUCAACGCCAAUGCCUUGAACCUAGAUCUCGGCAUGCCCCGCGAGCUCGGCGGAAAAGGCGACAAGAUCAACCCCGAAGAACUCUUCGCUGCCGGCUACGGCGCGUGCUUCCAGUCUGCCAUGAACGCCACUGCCAAGGGCAUGGGUCUGACGAUGCCAGAGGGCGCUAAGGACAGUAUUGUCGACACCACCGUUAACCUUGUCGGUGACCUGCAGAAGCUUGACCUCGGGCUCAAGGUCAGCAUGACUGUCAAAGUCCGCGGCAUGAGCAAGGAGGAGAUCCAGAAGGUUGUCGAUGAGGCGAAGAAGGCUUGCCCCUACUCGAGAGCUACUCAGGGCAAUAUCAGCACCGAUAUCAAGGUGGAGGUGUUGGAGUAG